AAUAAAAGGGUGCUCUCUUCUCUGGCUGUUGCUCUCUCUCUCUCUUUCUCCUAUUUGCCUUUCUCUUUCUCCGUUUCAUUUAUUUUCUUUUCCUCUGUCUGUCUUGCCAACCUACGUAGCACAGCAUGCUCAACAUCAGCAUAGGGAGAUAGAUAGAACAGCAAAAGUGAGGCAGAAGAAAAGGACAGAAAUAUGUCUAGCUCUAACAUCUCACUCCGUGUGAAUGCAGCCUACUGUGUCAUCCAUCAUCCAUCUGUGUGGGGGACAUCUUUGAUCUGUCAAAGAAGAGGAUCUUUGAUUUACCAGAGUUGGAUAUCUUUGUGACCUGUUGAGGAAAAAUCUCUUUUGAAAUCUACUAGAAAAGGAUAUCUUUGUACAGUGGGGGAUCUCUCCUCAUUGUGUAUUUCUAAGGAGGAUAGGAGAGCAUCCAUGUCCUUUGUGUUGGCCAAGGAAAGGCUCUCGGAAUACUGUAAUGGUUAAAGACUUGAUUCAGGGAUGGCCCCCUUACUACUGAAUUGUCGACAGUACAUGUCGACUGUAGAGACAGGUUCACUAUGCUGACCUUUGCUUUGGUGAAGGCAAAAGAAAUUUGACAAAUGUGAUAUGAUAUUGAGCUAUAAAUGCAUUCAACUCAACUUUUCAUCUGCCAAUAAUGCGUAGGACACCACUCCGUCUUGACGGAACACAACAAAAGAUCGACAAUCAGCAGGGUGAGGAAGAAGAGGAGGGAAAAGAGGCUGAACAAGAAGAGGAAGAGAAGGGAGAAGAGGAGGGUCACCAUGAUUUGGCUAAAUCUUCUCUAUGCCCGUCCUGUAGGCGUGGUUUUGACGUUGCCCUUCUCCUACCAUGCUCCCAUACCCUGUGUGGGCGCUGUGUAGGAGGUGGAGAGGGGGCAGGGCGAUGUGGAGAGGGGGCAGGGCGAUGUGGAGAGGGGGCAGGGCAAUGUGUACUGGAUGAGGAAGGGGACGGUGUGUCCCAUGCUUCCCGUGGUGGCACCCAUUCUGCCCACCACCGCUCUACCAGUACGCCUGUGUGUGCCGUGCUGUGCCCUUGCUGUCGCCACCCUGUGGAGCUGCCAUGCUGGGAGUGGGCUUCUGCCACCUGUUGCCUGCCCCCCGACCCCACCCUGACCCCUGGGUGGACAGCCAGCAGUGCUGGGGACCAGGCGGAAGAAGGGAUGAAGGCCUUCUCACAGAGGAAUCCAUUCGGCAGAGACAAAGAGGAUGUCACGGACCAGAUCACUGCUGCAUAUGGCUCACCACUGGAGGGAACUAUAGAUCUACGAGAGGAGGAGAUGGAACAGUCUGUCUCAGGUCUGACGUUCACCCUAGACCCCUCUGCUGCUGCUCCAUCCCUCCAUCUCUCCACCUCUUCACUCACUGUGACGUUCCACGGACCAAGCCCUCCGCCACUACCCUCUCGCCAUCAUGGAAACAGGGUCACAGGGUCAGUAACAAGCACUGAAUCCCAGGAGUCUGUCCCCCAUCCACUCCCUCAGGUGUGUGGGGAUGUGGUCAUCAUCAGGGGUCAGUUCUACUGGGAGGUGGAUGUAUGCAACAGCACCCUCUACAGGAUAGGAGUGAGCUCAUUGGACGAUGCUUGCGGCUGGUGGCUGGAAAGGCGGGGCUUGUCCUUCUCCACUGUGUAUGAUAGCCGUCGGGAGCCCUUACGUGCCGUACCACCCCAGAUCAAGACCCUAGGGCUGUUCCUCAACAUGGGUGGAGGGACAUUGAGCUUCCACAACCCUCUGACCCAGGAGCACCUGGCCACCCUACCCACUCGCUUCAGCCAUGCUGGGGUACGUCCCGCUCUGGGGCUGGGCCAGGGCAGGCUGAGGCUCCACUGUGGCCUACCCCCUCCACCCCACGUCUUUCUCAGCCGAGCAUCCGACUAUAGAGGGCCUACUGGAGCUGGUGGGGGUCGCUGGCGCAGAGACAUGCCCUUCCGGUCUGUACGGAUGGUCAUCCAGAAGUUUGAGGAGCUGGCGGUGUCAGAUUCUGACUCAGGGCUGGUGUCCAGUUUUGGGUCAUCCUGCUCCACUCUGGCCGAACCAGGCCCAGGCCUCAGAUUCAGCCUCAGCCCAGGAGCAGCUCUCCAUUCUGGGAAAGAGGGAAAGGAGGCGGGGGCAGAGUGACAUAUGGAGGACAGAGUAUAGUACCUUGUACAAUGAAGGGCCUCUACCCUGCUGGUGAUAGGAGCAAACUGCUACCACAUCAUGCUGGCACAUCGUCACAUUGCAAAUAGGUUGUCACAAGGUUGGUCAUGACAAUGUGACAAAUUUGGGAUAAACUUGUGAGAUGGAAGGACCAUUCUUCUGCUGUAUGAUGGGAGAAAAUUGAAUAACACACCAACUCUUUGGGAUGAGUUUGAUCUUUGGAUGACCAUUUCCAUGUCUAAUUUCCCAUCUCUGAAGAACUCUCUGUGACUUCUCCCCAGGAUGCUGGACUUCCUCUCAGCUACACAACCCCUGGAGGUUUGGGGCUGGGCCAGCGCUGUCUGU